AUGCGCAACAAGAUGUGGUCCGUUUUCCAGUGCCUUCUCUUGCUUAUCUAUCGUUACCUUUCCAACGAUGCCUCUUUGCGAGCCCUCGUCUCCGUCGGUUCAUCCGGCGGUCACCUGCCGACGAGUGUUGCUUAUCAUCCACCUGUCUGCCUGUCUGUCCGUCCGGUCAGCGCCCACAGCGCGACGGUGAUUCGAGUUCAACGCGGCCGAUCGUCUGACAUUUACUUGUUUGCCGUCUCCACGCGUGACUCACCAACGCCAUCGCCGUUGAUGCCGCUGCCGCCGUAG